AUGGCCAAGCGGCGACUCUUCCGUUGGCCAGCCCCCCGGACCACGGGCCUGACCUUCCUCGCUCUGCUGCUCAGCACUCUCACAUUGUUCCUCUAUGGCGGGGGGUCAUUUCCGCUCACACCGGCCCAGCGAGCCCAGGAAUCGCUCCACGACCAGGUCAUUCGCGAGCUCUCCGAGAUCACAGCGACGUACAGCAAUGCGAGCCAGGUCGGACUGGUAUUAGCGGCUACGCAGUCUGAUGACUUGCAGUGGCUGCUGGAGUAUAUUAAGGAGCGCGGCCCCGGCACAAUCCCCUUCAUCUACAGCACCGACGAUAAACCUGACCCGCGCCUCCUCCUCCCGCGCACUACCCGCGGCCGCGAAGCAACCGCCUACCUCUCCUACAUCGUUGACCAUUACAAUAACCUCCCGCCGUACUCGAUUUUCAUCCACUCCAACAUCAACCAAUGGCACAACGACCUCUUCGGUCCGUUUACCAGCAACGCCCUGCGCAAUCUCCGCCUCGAAGCCGUCGACGCGAUGGGCUACGUCAAUCUCCGAUGCCAGCAUGACCCCGGUUGUCCGACGAGCGUGCACCCGUGGAGCCCGACGCAGAUCGAUAUCGAGAAGAACGACAUCCGCGCGUUCUUCCCGGAGGUAUACCAAGACAUCCUUGGUGUCCCUGCAGAGCGGGUCCCCGAACACAUUGGGAAUGUAUGCUGCGGGCAGUUUGCCGUGAGCCGCGAGCGCAUUCUGCAGCGGCCGAGGCAGGACUACGAGCGGAUGCUAAAGUGGGCGGCGGAAACGGACCGCACGGACAGUUUUGGCGUCGGCUGGGUAUACGAGAAGAUCUGGCACAUUAUUUUUGGGAUGGAGGUUAUCUAG